AUGCACUUGUCGACCCUUCGGCGAGCUCCGAAGUAUUCGUUCCGUGGGGCCAGGGACAGGUUUAAGACACGAAGCCUCCGAGCGGCGGCACAAGUACCCGGGCCGGGCGAAUACGGCACGGCGGUGCUCGCGCCAGAGGUUUGCUCCUCCCGUCACCGCAGAAGCCCUGGCUAUGGCUUUGGCACCGGAGCUAGAGAGGUAAACAGUCAACCGCCGGUCCCGGGGCCUGGGGCGUAUCCACGAGCCUCACCAGGUUACAUUGGUGCUGGCAAGGCAUACUCUCUGACGCCACGACGGUGGCCAGGAUCGCCUGACCUUGAAAGCGAUCCAGCUGUGCCUGGCCCGGGUGCCCACGUGCACGAGACAAAGAUUGACGGGCCGUGCUACAGUAUCCUGCCGCGAAGGACGCCGGUUAAGGCGGGCACUCUGUCAGUUCCGGGGCCAGCCCAAUACGGUACUAUGGACGGUGCCUUGGGUCGGACAAAGCCUCGACUGCCGAGCUGGGCCUUUGGCACCUCAAAGCGUCAAGGACCCACACGGAUAGAGGACCGCCCGGUGAAUGGCAUCAAAGGCAAGAGCACGGCUGCAGCUUGGGUCCCGACCCAAGCAUUGAAACAGAUUGUCACUCUUCAGUCACUUUAG